CCUCUCUGGGUGCUUGACUCCAGCUGCAGCCCCUCCGUUUCCUCUGUAACUGCAGGACUCUCCAGUUUCUCUGCGUAGUCGUCCAGUCAGGCUCAGAGCUAACAGCUGAUCCAAGACGGAAACAACAGAGUCCGAAAGUUCACAAAACAGGAGGAAGAGGAGAACGAAAGGUGAAAAACAUGUGGUUGUGCAACUGCUAGGAAAGGAAACCACAACAGAGAGAGAGAGAGAGAGAGAGAGAGAGAGAGAGAGAGAGAGAGAGAGAGAGCUGCUGGAAGUCUUUUGGACCUUAUAUGGGUCGGACUCCGUCUGCUGGUGGAACAUGAGACCUGAGUCCAAACAGGAAGACGUGAAACAGAAAGCAGAGAGUGGACUCCAUCCAGGAGGGUCUGACUGACGUCCCAGUGGACCAGUGACCCAGAUCUAGAGGACGGGCUUUCUUUAAAGAACUCCAGUCAUCGAAUCUACAAAUGGAUCUCCUAAUUGUUCCUGUUUUGCUUUUAGCUCUCUUGAGCUCCGCCUCAGUCAGACCAGCCAUGGCCUCAGAUUAUAUCCAGUUUCAUCGCACCAGUCUGCAGUGGCAGACCUGGACCGGCACUAUUCCCAACGGGGCAGUGGCAGCAUACAUUGAAAAUCAGAAUCGCUACGAAUACGUGGCCAAAUACGAACAUGAGAUUGGUUUCUACUGCCCUACCUUGGAUCACUACUGUCACUACGCCGCUGGAGGACGUGAGCAUCGUAGGAGUUCGUUUGAGAUCCUGGUGAACAAAGACAACUUCGAGCUCCUGGAGUGGAAGCCGGGUUCGUACGGUUCGGUGCCAGAGAACGCAGUCAAGAGCGUCCCAGACUUAGACAUAUACGUCGCCAAGACCAGAUUUGGUCUUGGAAAAGUGCACGCUAGACACGAAGCCUUUUUUCAUCCCUACGACGGUAGUGAGCAUUGGCACAAGCACUACGACAUCCUAACCUUCAGCCGUGACAUAAUUAAAGAGGAAAUCCAUGAUCUCAUCUACCAUACUAACGGGGUACACGUCCUCAAGAAUCCUCCAGAGAUCCUCGCCACAACCAGAGUCUCAAACAACAACGUUACACCAGCAAAACAAACUUCUCAACUGUCAAACACUGUAGAAGAACAGGAAUCGUGGAGCACAAGCUCUACUCUAACCGUUGGUUUCUCCCUUAGCGUCACUGCCAGAAUCCCAUUAUUUGCCUCUACAACGAUUGGUUUUUCUGAAGAGAGAUCUUUCACAGUUACAGAAGGGUCGACUAAGAAGAAAUCGACCACCCACGCUGUUUCUAUUGAGCACGAGGUUCCACCACACCACUCCUGCUCGGUGCAAAUGGUGGCGUACAAGUACAGCGCCAACAUCCCCUUCACAGGCCGCCUCCAACGCACCUACAGACAAGGACAAAAGGGCUGGACCUCCAUCACCGGGACCUACAAGGGCGUCCAGGUUGCAGAAGUCCAGGCUGUCGUGGACGGCUGUACGCCUCUUUCCAGGGAUCUAUAAAUCAAACUGUGAUGAGUGAAUAGAAGGCAUAUAUAAUAUCCAUCUGCUUAUGCUUGAUAUGUACCAGAAAAAAUGUUGCCAAAUCAAGUCUCUCGAUGUAAUUUGUCGUUGAAGGAUCCAGUAUUUUUAGGUGCUUCCAUGCAUCUUUGGGUUUGUCAUUAAUCAUCAUACCUCAGGAACAGUUUAACAGCUCAGGUGACAGGAAGUGGGUGUGGUGGACAGCAGAUAUACACAAUCCAGGACUUCACCACAAGACCUUUUUCAGAUGUAGGCCAGUCUGGGGUUCGUUUCUGCACUAGCUCGUUAAAUUGUUAAGCCCAGUACAAGGCAAAAUGUGUCCAUUUAAUGCAUUUUGCGCUAUCCUGUUUCUGGGCUCGCUCUUUGUUCGUUAACAACAAACACAACGCAAAAUGCAUUUGCGCGUUAGCUCGUUAGCCCAAUGCAACGCAAAACACGUUAUCUUGUUUCUGGGCUAGUUGGUUAUAAGUGUGCACUCGCCCAGUUCCUCGUUCCAGGGCUGAUUUUAGCGCAGAUCUCAGAGGUCUGCAUUAGAAUGAGUAUUCAUAUUCAAUACAUAUAAUAUAUAUGUAUUCUUGUAGCUUCAUUUCACUUUGUUUCUGUCAUGUAUUUCCUUUGAAAUAUUAUUUACAUUUGAAAAAGAAGAUUUUUAA